AUGCAGCAGCUGUGCCGGGGCCGCGUGCUGGGCAUCUCGGUGGCCAUCGCGCACGGGGUCUUCUCGGGCUCCCUCAACAUCCUGCUCAAGUUCCUCAUCAGCCGCUACCAAUUCUCCUUCCUGACCCUGGUGCAGUGCCUGACCAGCUCCACGGCGGCGCUGAGCCUGGAGCUGCUGCGGCGCCUGGGGCUCAUCGCCGUGCCCCCCUUCGGCUGGAGUCUGGCGCGCUCCUUCGCGGGGGUCGCCGUGCUCUCCACGCUGCAGUCCAGCCUCACGCUCUGGUCCCUGCGCGGCCUCAGUCUGCCCAUGUACGUGGUCUUCAAGCGCUGCCUGCCUCUGGUCACCAUGCUCAUCGGCGUCCUGGUGCUGAAGAACGGCGCGCCCUCGCCCGGGGUGCUCGCCGCGGUGCUCAUCACCACCUGCGGCGCCGCCCUGGCAGGGGCCGGCGACCUGACGGGCGACCCCAUGGGCUACGUAACGGGCGUGCUGGCGGUCCUGGUGCACGCCGCCUACCUGGUGCUCAUCCAGAAGGCCAGCGCCGACACCGAGCACGGGCCGCUCACGGCGCAGUACGUCAUCGCCGUGUCCGCCACCCCACUGCUGGUGGUCUGCUCCUUCGCCAGCACCGAUUCCAUCCACGCCUGGACCUUCCCCGGCUGGAAGGACCCUACCAUGGUCUGCAUCUUCGUGGCCUGCAUCUUGAUCGGCUGCGCCAUGAACUUCACCACGCUGCACUGCACCUACAUCAACUCGGCGGUGACCACUAGCUUCGUGGGCGUGGUGAAGAGCAUCGCCACCAUCACGGUGGGCAUGGUGGCCUUCAGCGAUGUGGAGCCCACCUCUCUGUUCAUUGCCGGCGUGGUGGUGAACACCCUGGGCUCCAUCAUUUACUGUGUGGCCAAAUUCUUGGAGACCAGAAAGCAAAGCAACUACGAGGACCUAGAGACGCUGCCCGGGGGAGAGGAGGCACAGCCAAGUGGAGAUCAGCUGCCAUUCGUCAUGGAGGAGCUGCCCGCGGAGGAUGGAAAUGGAGGGUCGGGAGGUGGCAAGGCGGCAGGUGGCUCCACUCUGAAAAGCGGGCCAGAGGCCAGGGGCAGCCCCGGAGGGGUCCCGCUGGUGGCUCGGAGUUCGCAGAUCACCCACAGCCCGGAGGAAGUGAGCAAGAGGUCACUGAAAGAUGCUUACCUCGACGUGUGGAGGUUAGUUAGGGGAACCAAGUAUAUGAAGAAGGAUUACUUGAUAGAAAACGAAGAGUUACCCAGUCCUUGAAAAGGAAACGCAUGUAUGUAUAUAUGUACAUACACUUAUUUUAUAUGUUCGAGAUAACAUAUUUUAAUGAGGGGCCGCACAAUUUUAUUCUUUGAGGAGUGGGGAAGGGAAGCAAAGAAAAAUGCUGAAACGGCCUGACAGCAACAGAAUGAGCAGCUGCGUGAAUUAUUUAGCCUGAGUUUACCUGACGCAUCACAGAGACAAAGGAAUGUGAAGGUGAACAAAGUGAGGCAGCCCUCUCGGCUGCAGACAGAAAUGCAUUCAGUGCAGACUGCACCUGAAUUUUCUGUCUUUAUAACCAUAACCGAAUAGCUGCAUGUACUAAGAGUUCCUCUACCCACCCCCUCCAGAGAUGGAGUGUAGACAGGAUGACAGCACUUAAUAAGCUCUAAGAGGACAUACUGGGAUACAACUUCAGUCAUAGAACUAGAGUGUUGAUGGCCAGCUGAGCAAAAGUAUAUUAUUGAAGUU